AUGCCUCUCCAACCGACAAAAUGGCACUUCGAAAUCGACCAGUACCUUAAUCAAUGGAUACCAGCUGCGCCAUGGGAGCAUUUACCAUAUCCUAUCGCCCAUUUCUUGGGCCAUAGACCAGAGCCUCAGCGACCACUGGGCAAUAUUGUCAUGAUUUUUUGGGCAUUUAUUGGAGUUUUCUGUUCCCUGACCAUCAUAGAAGCGGUGGGCCAUGCCAUCCCCUCUUUUGAGGAGCACGGUACCCCUAUGAUUAUCGGUAGUUUUGGCGCCGCUGCGGUUCUCGAAUUCUACGCCAUCGAGUCCCCUCUCGCGCAGCCUCGCAGCGCGGUCCUCGGCCAGUUGUUUUCAUCCUUAAUAGGCGUUGCCAUUAGGAAACUUUUUGCGCUAGGUCCUAUGUCAAAUGAAGUUACCUGGGUCGCCGGGUCGCUGAGCUGCUCUUGUGCGGUCGCAUUUAUGGCUCUAACUGGCACUGUGCAUCCGCCUGCUGGAGCUACAGCUCUGCUCGCUGUAAUUGAUUGUGAAGGUGUAGCGCAUCUAGGAUGGUUCCUGCCACCUGUUGUCCUGUUAGGCUGCGUCUUGAUGCAGUGUGUGGCUUUACUUUUGAAUAAUAUCCAGAGGCGGUUCCCCGUUUACUGGUGGACCCCAGCGGAGGUUGGCCGCAGGAAGAAGCAUCAGCAGCCGCAACAGCAUCAAAUAUCGGACGAGAAGAGCAGCAACAGCGAUAGCGGUAGUGAUAAUGGAGCUAAGCUCAAGAUUACCACCGCACGUCAUAUGGAAGAAGGGAAAAUUGUUAUAGAGCCGUCAAAGGUGAUUAUAACAAGAGGACAUGUGGUUAUUCCGGACGAUAUGUACAUAUCGCCCGAAGAGAAGAUGUUUUUAGAGGAAUUGAGCGAAAGACUAUAA